CGCGCAUGCGCGCAGGGCGCCGCCGGGGCAGUCCGGCGGGGGAAAUCAGCUGAUGUUGCGGCAGCAGAACCCGAGGGGAAGAAAGAAAGGGGACAUAACUUAUUGGAAAUAGUUAGUAGCACAGCAGUGAUCCACCAUGGGGGAGCUUUUCCGGAGUGAGGAGAUGACACUGGCACAGCUUUUCCUGCAGUCAGAAGCUGCUUACUGUUGUGUCAGUGAGCUUGGAGAGCUUGGAAUGGUCCAGUUUCGAGAUUUAAAUCCAGAUGUGAAUGUAUUUCAACGCAAAUUUGUAAACGAAGUUCGUCGUUGUGAAGAAAUGGAUCGCAAACUCCGUUUUGUUGAAAAGGAAAUUCGAAAAGCAAACCUUACAAUUUUGGACACUGGAGAGAAUCCUGAGGUUCCUUUUCCUCGUGACAUGAUUGAUUUAGAGGCAACCUUUGAAAAACUGGAAAAUGAACUGAAGGAAAUUAAUACUAACCAGGAAGCAUUAAAACGUAACUUUCUAGAGCUGACUGAACUGAAAUACAUCCUUCGUAGAACACAGCAGUUCUUUGAUGAGGCUGAAUUGCAUCAUCAGCAGAUGUCUGAUCCAGAUCUACUUGAAGAAUCAUCUUCUCUGCUGGAGCCAAGUGAACUGGGACGAGGUGCUCCCCUCAGACUUGGCUUUGUGGCUGGUGUGAUAAACCGAGAGAGAAUCCCUACUUUUGAAAGGAUGUUAUGGCGAGUAUGCAGAGGAAAUGUUUUUCUUCGUCAAGCUGAAAUUGAAAAUCCCUUGGAAGACCCUGUAGCUGGUGGUCAGGUGGACAAGUCUGUUUUCAUCAUUUUCUUUCAAGGUGACCAACUGAAAAACAGGGUGAAGAAAAUUUGUGAAGGGUUCAGAGCCUCCCUCUAUCCCUGUCCAGAAACUCCUCAUGAACGAAAGGAAAUGUUAGCUGGUGUCAACACACGAAUUGAUGAUCUCCAAAUGGUUUUAAAUCAGACAGAGGAUCAUCGCCAGAGGGUACUACAGGCAGCUGCGAAGAGUAUUCGUGUAUGGUUUAUUAAAGUACGGAAAAUGAAGGCGAUUUAUCAUACUCUGAAUCUCUGCAACAUUGAUGUCACACAAAAAUGCUUAAUUGCAGAAGUUUGGUGUCCAGUUUCUGAUUUGGAUUCAAUUCAAUUUGCCCUUCGAAGGGGUACGGAACGCAGUGGAUCUACAGUCCCAUCCAUCUUGAACAGGAUGCAAGCCAGCCAGACACCACCAACUUAUAACAAGACCAACAAGUUUACUUAUGGCUUUCAAAACAUUGUGGAUGCAUAUGGAAUCGGCACUUACAGGGAAAUUAAUCCUGCUCCAUAUACAAUUAUAACCUUUCCUUUCCUCUUUGCUGUUAUGUUUGGGGAUUUUGGCCACGGUGUUCUGCUGACUUUAUUUGCUGUGUGGAUGGUUUUGAGAGAAAGCCGAAUACUGUCACAGAAGAGUGAAAAUGAGAUCUUCAGCACCAUUUUCAGUGGACGCUACAUUAUUUUACUCAUGGGAAUUUUCUCUGUGUACACGGGUCUUAUAUAUAAUGACUGCUUCGCAAAGACUCUCAAUAUGUUUGGUUCUGCAUGGAGUGUUAGAUCAAUGUUUCACCCAUACGGAAAUUGGACGGAGGAAACCCUUCAAGGCAAUCAAAAUCUUCAGCUAGACCCUGCCCAUCCCAAUGUCUUCAAUGGGCCAUAUCCUUUUGGAAUAGAUCCUAUAUGGAAUAUUGCUACAAACAAACUUACAUUUCUGAACUCCUUCAAAAUGAAGAUGUCUGUGAUUUUGGGUGUCAUCCAUAUGGUCUUCGGAGUGUCUCUCAGCCUUCUGAAUCAUAUAUAUUUUAAAAAGCCACUGAACAUCUAUUUUGGCUUUAUCCCUGAAAUGGUGUUUAUGCUAUCUUUGUUUGGCUAUCUUGUUAUUCUCAUCUUCUACAAGUGGACUGCUUAUGAUGCCAGCACUUCAAAAGAUGCUCCCAGUCUUCUCAUCCACUUCAUCAAUAUGUUCCUAUUCAGCUAUAAUGAUAAAACCAUGAAAUAUCUAUAUAAGGGUCAGCAAGGUUUGCAGUCCUUCUUGGUGAUUGUAGCUCUGCUGUGUGUUCCAUGUAUGCUUGUGGUGAAACCAUUGGUGCUGCGUCAUCAGUAUUUGAGAAAAAAGAACUUGGGAACACACAACUUUGGUGGAAUCAGAGUUGGGAAUGGACCAACUGAGGAGGAUGCUGAGAUAAUCCAACAUGACCAACUUGAUUCCCAUUCAGAAGAUGGUGAGGAACCCACGGAGGAACAGUUGUUUAACUUUGGCGAUGUUGCAGUACAUCAGGCCAUCCAUACAAUUGAGUACUGCUUGGGAUGUGUUUCUAAUACUGCUUCCUACUUGCGAUUGUGGGCACUUAGUCUGGCUCACGCACAGCUCUCUGAAGUGUUGUGGACGAUGGUUAUGCAUAUCGGACUGUCGAUAAACAACUUUGGUGGAUCUUUUCUCCUGUUCUUCAUAUUUGCUGGUUUUGCUGUGUUGACAAUUGCAAUUCUUCUCAUCAUGGAGGGUCUUUCUGCAUUUCUGCAUGCCCUUCGUUUGCACUGGGUUGAAUUCCAAAACAAGUUCUACUCUGGUUCUGGUUACAAGUUUGUUCCCUUCUCCUUUGAAAGCAUUCUUGAAGGGCGGUUUGAAGAGUAAAUGGCAUUUAUGUUCUGUGUUGUCGGUGUAUGAAUUGUGAUGUUCAUGUGGAUCAUUUAGUCCUUCUGUAUCCCAGCACAAUGUUACAGGUGGUUUUAAUGUGUUUCUGCAUGCACUGAAACAAAAUGGUUUUCUCGUGUCGAUGAACGCAGUUGUCAAUCGUGACUCUUGUAAUUGAACUUCUGAUUCAACUUGGUGUUCACUUAAUGGUUUCCUACAGUAUAAUUAUCCCUUUUGGCAAACAUGUUCAUGUGGAUAAGCUGUUCACUUGUGCGUUUAUUUUGGGAAGGCUAAGACUAAUCAACAGUAUUGCUGUAAUAUGGCUCCCAGUGACUUGUCUUUUAUUGCAAGAUGGGAAUUUCCAGAUUUCCAACUAGCUGCUUAUUUAUUUAUUUAAUUUUGUGUUGAGAGGUGAAAGGCAGGCAGUUGGAUUUCAAAUGAAAGUGAGAGGAGGCAUCUGUGAAAUGUAGCAUUUGGAAGAGAUUCUCGGCCUUCAAAUUAUUACAAUCACUAUAAAAUCUGUAACUUGUAAAUAGGGGAUUUAGGUACAGGAAGUCUGAAUGGAGUGUGAAUGAACGAUGGGGUGAACGUUGUGUGCACUAAGCAGGAUGGUUCAGAAAGUGUUAGGAAGGUGAGUUUCAAGCAAAAUUUAUUCUGCAGGAGUGUUUGGGAUACCCACCUAUGGAAGGAACAUUACUCUGGUUGCUAUACAUUGAAAUUCCAAAAAAUCUCAAAUAUUUGCAGAAUUGCUACAACUCAAGGAAAAUAGUUCUGGACACUGUGAUUAUACUUACUAUUUUCUUCUUCAGAAGAGAAAAGCAUCAAAGUUAAUAAGUAUCCAGACUGAUUGUUCUCCUACCUCCAUCAGAUUUGUAUCUCUGUGACUUCACUGAACUAACUAACUGACUUUUAUAAUUUAAUGAUCGUCCAAGUGACCCUCUUUUCUGAUAAAGCUCAUGUUUCUACUUACUUUCUUUUUUCCUUUCUUCGCCCAGUAUAAUGAGAACAUAUUGUACAUUUAAGGUACCAAUAACCUUUUGUCAUUUGGGUCUAAAGGGAACGACAUGAAGAGUAGAGGUGCCGUAUGCUUUUGGCUUGGCUAAGCUUUAUCAGAAUUGAUUUUAAUUGCUGUGAAGAACCUGGUUUUCUUAGAGUUGGCCUGAAAAAGCAAACGCCAUUCAAUGGGAAACUGGUUCAGUUUAAAAUUGCUUUAAUUGAAUUUCACAGAUAACAUUUUGCAACAAAUUAGGUUUACUGCAUAUCUUAUCUGAUUAAGGAUUAAUGUCACAUGUCAUUCAUAAAAUUUGCCAGACUUGAAUUGGCACUGUAACAAUCCAAGCUAUCAGUGUGGCCCUAGAUUUCUAAGGAGCAGUGGAUAUUGUUGAGAUGAUUUCCCAGUGCUGCUGUUUUUCAAUGCAAUUGUUAGAUGUUAAUGCAUAUGUUGCAUUCAUUACAAACAUUACAGGACAGUAUAAGUGAGACUCUGAUCAGCAUUAGAAUAUGAUAGUUUUCAUGCAUCAAUUCAUACAAAUCUCCUGUGACCAUUUGACGUCCUGAUUUGGAAUGAGGAAUUGAGUUUUUUUUGAAACCUUGGUAUCCUGUCUAUAACAUAAUGCCACAUGAAGUUCCACUCAUUGGGGUCACUAAUUUAAUGCAUAUCUUCCUUGAGAGUAUUGCAGGAUGAAAAUGGCACAGAUCCUAUUCUGGAAUGUGUAAGAUGACAGCUGCCAUAAUUUGUCAUUUUUUUUCCAGCAAGUUAAUGUAAAUCCUGUUCUUCCCUUCCCUGACCGCACACCAUGAUUAGGAAACUUUUCAAAAGGGAGCUGUCUGUUUUUGUUCAAUGGGUGAUUUGAUCUAAGCAAGUGAGCAGUGUUUUCUAAGUGUCUAGAAAUUAAACAUCUGUUUUAAACCCCAUUGGCAGCUGAACGUAGGUUUUGUCUUUCCCUGUAGGUUAUACCAUUCAUUAUUCUGGGCUUUAGUGAAUGUUAGUUUAGUGACUAUCCUUAUCUAUAUGCAUAGCUUUUUGUGUUUGAAUACUGAAUAUUAAAAAUGCUUUUGCAGUAUAUGUAUUGUAACAUGCAGGAUGUUUCUUAAUGCUGAGUAGAAGGUGCAGUAAAAUUGGCCAAAUUAAAGCUACAUGUCCCCACAUAUUUUUAAAUACACUAAAAAUGUGCAUAUCCUGAAAUAUACGGACCAAUGUAACUUUCCACUUGCUUUACUGUCAUAUCUAACUUUAGAAUUGGUUCCUAGUAGAUUUUCUGAUGUACUCCUUUACCCACAAUUAAUGUAAAAUGAGUGUUUCCACUGUGACUCUUGAUCUGUUGCACAAUGAUCAUGUUGUGUGUAAUAAUGAAGUGAGGCACAGAGAAUAACUAACAAUUUAAAAAAAAAACUUCAGUUUAUAGUUAGGGAUUUUCUGAUCAGUGCAAAUUACCAUUUUUUAAAAUUUAUCAGUGUAUUCCAAUUUAGGCAAAUAGUAAUGACUUGAUUUGCUCUUCACCAUUGGACCUUUACUAUUAAUGCAUUCAAAUAUUUGAUUUGUACUGGCUAAUGUCUAUUCUGAUCUAGCUUGAUGGUGUGACAUUUGACAUUUGCCAUCAACCAUCAAUGUUUCAAAUCACUACCCCAUUCUGUAUAGUAAGGACAUUAAAUUUCAACUUUAAAAUGUUGCAUUAACUUUAUAUAAGUUCACAAUGUCUGAGGUUUCCUGUUUGUUUGGUAAUGCUUCACUGUUGAGACUUUUGUUUACAUGUUUUGACUGUUUACAGCUUGUGAAUGUGCACCCAGCUGAAAUUUUCCUGUCUGGUUAAUUUGUAAAAAUUCAGUGUGUAUAAUUUCAAUGUAUAUUUAAACAUAGAAUAAAAGUCUGGUGGAGUAU